UCAGUAGGGCCCACACCUCUGUGUGCUAGCGGUCACAUAAGCUGCGUUGCCAAACAGAGGCACCACAGUUACUGCUCAUCGUUCAUUCUUCAACUCGUCAAACAGAGAGAGUAUUAGCGACGGGAGAGGAGCUGAGACGCUGCCGUUACAGGAUCAGCCAUGCUUGGAGGCAUCCCCACAAAUGUGUUGGUCACAGUGACUCUACUCUUUGUAACUCAGACAGGGACUCAGUGCAGGGCUGAAAUUGACUUUUCAUUAGUUACUUUACCAGAUUGGAGGACAAAUUCAGAAUAUGUUACACAGUGUUUCUACGACAGACACAACCAUCUGAUUUGUGACUGGAACCAACGAUCAGACGAUGGCGUAGGGACUGUUUUGGAGAGUGGCCCACUGAGGCUGGAAGGCGAGGCCUGUCUCGAGUUUUGGUACUUAUCCCCAGCUGCAACUAAUGGGACAGAACUUCGUGCUCUGCUGAAGAGCAGCGUUGGUCUGAUAGAAAUCUGGACCUUGCCUGCCCCCCCCAGGGAUGCUUGGAGACAAGUGUUUGUUCCCUUGGACGUCAUCGAAUCAGGGACUCGGGUCGUAGUCGAAGCAGUGUCCAUGGAGGGACAGUUCACAUUCAACCAGAUGGGUGUAAGGAGAGGCUCAUGUGGACCCCAGUGUGAAUCUGACACAGAGUUAUGGACGGAUGAGUCCACCCGCUGCCUCUGUCCUGGUGGCCAGCUCUCUUGCUUUCCCUCUCAGUGCCCUAAGGGCCAAAUCUGCGGUCCAGAAAUAGGAAGAUCCAGUGGGAUUUCCGCCUCUGGGACUUGCACUAUACACAGUCACACAGACUGCAGCACCUUUGAUGGAGAGAUGCUCCGCUUCAUGGCGCCCUGCACCUACACGCUGGCUAAGACCUGCUCAGCCCCUGAGGCCAUGCCCAUGUUCACUGUGGAAGUGGUCAAUGAGCAGAACUGGAACUCAUCUCUGCCGACUGUUCAGCAGGUCAUUGUGGACAUGGGGAACUUCAGAGUGUCCCUGCUGAAAAGGCAGACACACCGGGUUGUGGUUAAUGGGGUCUGGAAGAAGCUUCCACUGAGACUCGGCACUGUCAACAUCAAGAGCAACCCCGCUGCUGUUGAACUGGGCACUAGUUUUGGUCUUUUGGUCUCAUUCGACAACGCUGGUGCCGUCCAUGUCAACCUGCCGUCCACUUACUCUGACAAAGUCUGUGGCUUGUGCGGAAACUAUAACCACGUCAGGGGAGACGACUUCAGAAAGCCUGAUGGAACGACUGCCCAAAAUGCUACAGCUCUGGCUGAGAGCUGGCAGUCUGGGCAAGCCACCUCCUCCUGUGAAACCAUUCUACUACCUCAUCAGUGUGACCCACUGGAGAAGGCCGAGUAUGCCAGUGAGCUGUACUGUGGAGGCCUCCUCUCUAGCACUGGGCCCUUUGCUGCCUGCCAAUCAGUUCUGGGGGCAGAGAGCUACUUCAGGGGCUGUGUGGUCGGCAUGUGCGCUACCCACGGUGACCGAGCGGUACUAUGUGAGGCAUUAGAGGUGUACGCUGAUAUCUGCCAGGAGGCUGGAAUCUCCAUACCCAUAUGGAUGAACUCUACAUUCUGCCCCCUACAGUGUGGUGAGAACAGCCACUAUAACUCAUGUGCCGAUGGUUGUCCCGAGGUAUGCUCCAGUUUGGAUAUAGUCGGUUCCUGUGGAAGCUGUGAGGAAAGAUGCGAGUGUGACUCUGGCUUAAAGCUCAGUGGGGGAAAGUGUGUCCCAGCAGAGGACUGUGGGUGCUGGUAUAAUGGAAAUCACUAUGAGAAAGGAGCAACAUUCUCCAAGGGAGAGUGUGUGCAAUGGUGUCAGUGCAUGGGCAAUAAUGACAUGCAAUGCACCUCAAUGCAAUGCGCAGACAACGAGGUUUGCAAGGUCAAGGGUGGCGUGAAAGGCUGCUUCCCUUUCAAACCCGCUACCUGCAGCGUGUAUGGUGAUCCGCACUAUAUCACCUUUGACGGGAUGGCAUAUGACUUUCAAGGGGGCUGCAGUUACACGCUGACUACCACGUGCUCAGCAGAAAGCUCAGUCCAGUUCACUGUGAUUGGACACAACAUGCACUCCGCCCUUCAGAACUUCACCCGAUCCAAGCUUGAAGCUGUGGCUCUUCAGGUUGAGGAUCUCUACCUCACCCUGAAUCAGAGUGGAGAGGUCUAUGUGAAUGAUAGCCCUGUCCGACUCCCCUAUUCCACCAAUGGUACAUACGGCUCUGUAUGGGUCUACCUGAAGAAAAACUAUAUUAUCCUGGAGACAACCUUUGGCCUCAGAAUGACGAUCGAUGCACGGAACAGACUCUUCCUUCAGGUGGAUGAGCGCUACAAGUAUGAACUGUGUGGGCUGUGUGGCACCUACUCUGAACGCCAGGACGAUGACUUCAUAGCACCAGGAGGCCAAAAUGCUACUGGGCCAUUUGAGUUUGGUGAUAGCUGGAAGGUGCCAGGCAAUAAUGAUUGUAUUUCCCAUCCAAAUGAUCCCAGACUCUGUGAUUAUGAUGAGGAGAAUGACGCCUACAAUGAGUGUUACACCUUACUAGGGGACGCCUUCAGAUCCUGCCAUGAACUCAUUCACCCAAACAUCUACCUCAAUAGUUGUGUGUUUGACUACUGUGCCACCAAUGGUGACCAACACACCCUAUGUGAAUCUCUCAAGUCCUAUGCAGCAGCAUGCCAGGUUGCAGGAGUGGAGCUGCCCCACUGGCAGACAAACACAGCCUGUGCUGACCCCCCAACCACUGCAACUCUUCCAACACGUCCAACUCCUCCCUCUACAACAUCAGAUCAGACUCUCUGUCCCAUAAACUGUGACUUUGAAACAAAUCUGUGUGGGUGGGAGCAACUCGUACAGGACAGUUUUGAUUGGAAAAGACAUUCGGGACCCACUCCAUCAAAAUUAACUGGACCAAACCAAGACCACACCACUGGAGCUGGUUUCUACAUGUAUAUUGAGGGAAAUAAUGCAUCCCAUGGAGAUUCAUCUCGUCUGUGGAGCUCAAUGUGCCAUUAUAAUGGCCCACUCUGCCUGAAUUUCUGGUACCAUAUGUAUGGUUCAGCCACAGCCAUGGCCCUUAAUAUCUACCUGCUGAAAGACAAUAAAGCUACCAAGCUCUGGGUCAUGAUGAACAACCAGGGACCAGAAUGGCAGGCAGGAAUUGUUGACAUUGAAUUGUCUGGUCCAUUCCAAAUCAUAGUUGAGGGAAUUCGAGGAUCUAAUAAUCUAUCAGAUGUGGCCAUCGAUGACAUUUCCAUCCACUUUGGCUCAUGCUCAGGUCGCUUCCCUGGCCUGAUUAGUGGAACUGAGCCUCCUUCCACAGCUGUGGAAGUCCUCCCCUCACUCCCGAUCUGCAAAAUAGACUGUAGCUUCGACAGCAACCUUUGUAGCUGGAAUCAGAUGGUGACAGAUGCUUUUGACUGGACAUGGCACAGUGGUUCCACCUCAACCUUGAUGACUGGGCCAUCUGCUGGCCACACUGGUGAUGGUCACUAUCUUUACAUCGAGGCCAGCAGUGUGACACAUGGAGACACAGCUCGUCUCAUCAGCUCUGAGUGUUCUGACUCUGGACCUCAGUGUCUGCAUUUCUGGUACCAUAUGUAUGGCUCAGCAGAUACAAUGGGCCUCCAUGUUUACCUGCUCCAGGACAGAUUAGCUGAGGCUGUUUGGUGGAAGAGAAAUGACCAAGGAAAUAUGUGGCACAUGGCUCAGGUGGACAUCACAACAACUGGGGCUUUCCAGAUCAUCAUGGAGGGGCGUAGAGGCUCCAACGAAGAGUCUGAUGUGGCAAUAGAUGAUGUAAAGCUUUAUCGUGGCCGAUGCUCUGAUGUGAGUGGUGUUGUGACAACAGGUCCUCCUAAACCUGAAGGAAACACAACUCCUCCAAUUGUCCCAGAGCCAACCACUGCAGCUCCACAGCCUCCUGUGGUCAAUGUUACUGCUCAGCUCCCCGAUACAGCUCAGCCCCCUGCAGCAAAUGUCACCAUACCUCCAACAGUGGAACCACAAACAGCCUUCAUUAAUGGGGAAAAUGUUACUGAAGCUCCAGUUAAUACACCACCACCACACUCAGUAUGCCAACUCAACUGCCAUUUUGAACAGGAUCUAUGUCAGUGGAAUCAACUUCUUACUGAUGUUUUUGAUUGGACAAGAUAUAGUGGUUCCACUCCUACUAUGAUGACUGGGCCUUGUUCAGAUCACACCAAGGGAGAUGGACACUAUCUUUACAUCGAAGCCAACAGCGCGUCAAAUGGAGACACAGCUCGUCUCAUCAGCUCUGAGUGUUCUGACUCUGGACCUCAGUGUCUGCAGUUCUGGUACCAUAUGUAUGGCUCAGCAGAUACAAUGGGCCUCCAUGUUUACCUGCUCCAGGACAGAUUAGCUGAGGCUGUUUGGUGGAAGAGAAAUGACCAAGGAAAUAUGUGGCACAUGGCUCAGGUGGACAUCACAACAACUGGGGCUUUCCAGAUCAUAUUUGAGGGCCGAAUAGGUUCCAACGAUCAGUCCGAUGUUGCCAUUGAUGAUGUAUCACUUCAUCAUGGGCACUGCACAGUUGCAACAGUGGGUCCAGAGUUUCCUCCAGCGAACAGCUCAACUGCUACACAAACGUCAACUUCAUCAAAACCUCAGCCAACACCGACAACUACCUUUACAGCAACAUCAAAUCCUGAUCUCCCACCAACAAGGCCACAACCAAUAACAAUGACAAUUGGACCCCAAACCACAGCUACACCUUACCCACCAACAACAGAGCACCCAGGAGUUGAACCUCCAGAGCAACCAGAACCAGAAUUUAGAGAAAAACCUCAAAUGACAGCAAGACCAGAACCAACAUCUACAUCUAAUGAACCCCCAACCACAGAAAGCCAUGAACCUACAGCUGGAUCACAACCACCAACAACAGUUAGACCACAACCUCCAACUGAAACUCAGCCAGAGCUACAAACCACAGCUCAACCACAACCUCCAACCACAGUUAAACCCCAACCCACGACAGCUACCCCACAGCCCACAACAACAGCUGGACCACAACCUACAACAUCCAAUAAACCACAUUCAACUACAGGUAGACCUCAGCCUACAACAGGUAGACCUCAGCCUACGACAACAGGUAGACCUCAGCCUACAACUACAGGUAGACCUCAGCCUACAACUACAGCCACACCACAAUCUACAACGACAGCCAGAACACAACCAUCAACUACACAUGUACCAACACCCUCUUGCCCAGAGAACAGUCAUUACACCGCGUGUGACCCACCAUGCAGUCCAACCUGUAAACACCUGAAUGGCCCACCAGGCUGCAGUGACAAUGAGGGUUGUGUGCAGGGAUGUGUAUGUGAUGAAGGAUUUGUGCAUGGACAGAGGGCUUGUGUGCCUAUCCAACAAUGUGGAUGCGUGGACAAGAAUGGCACCAGACAUCAUUUCAAUGAAGUGUGGUACACCAAUCACUGCAGUCAGAAAUGUGAAUGUGAGAAAGACGACGGCGUGGGGGAGAUUGACUGCGAUGACGAAGUUGAGUGCGAUGGAGAUGAUGUCUGCCUUCAAAAUGAGAAGGGAAAUUAUUACUGCCAGUCUACAGGCUUCGGAGAGUGCACUAUCAGGGGAGACCCCGAGUACAGAACAUUUGAUCAAAUGAAGCAUGAAUUUGACGGUGAGCACUCGUAUGUGCUGGUCCGGACCAAGAACUCGCCAAAUUACCUUCCACAUGUUUACAUCGAGGCCAUCAAUACCGUACAUGAUGACGAUGAUAGUCAGCAUCACGGUGACAAUAGCAGUGAAGAAGACCACAGCCGCAGUGUGAGCGACAAAGACGAUGAUGAUGAUGAUGAUGAUAGCAAACAUGAUGACGACAGUGAAGAGCAUAAGGAACACCAUCAAUUACAAGAGCUUAAGAUCAGAGUGUAUGAUCACACUGUGGUAUUCAAGAAGAAUCGGAUGCUGGUCGUGGAUGGAAGGAAAACCAAAACUCCUGCCUCACCGACUGCUGGUCUAAAGAUCUGGAAGCAUUCCUCUCGCAUCUACCUGAAGACCGACUUUGGCCUCUCAGUGGAGUUUGAUGGUCGCAGCAGUGCAGAGAUCAUUCUACCACGCUUGUAUAAAAGGAAGGUGGGGGGUCUGUGUGGGAACUUUGACGGUCAUAAGGGGAAUGACUGGAUGAAGCCAGAUGGUACCAGGGCCAGGAGCAUCGAAGAGUUCGGAGAGAGCUGGAGAGUGUGAAUAUCAGAUGAUGUAAGGAUGAGACAUGGCACAUAAAAAUACCCAUGUAGGCUUUGACCACUAGCAGAAACAUCACUGUGGCAGUUAACAAGAAAUCAGACAGAUUUAAUGCUGAUUGAAUCUUUUCAUUCGGCAACAUAUACUCUCCCACACCGAAGCUGCCAAACACGCCAUGGCAUAAACAUGAACAGUGGCAAUGAUGUCCAGCUUUCUUCACCUCCAGCUCUUAAGGACAAUAAAUACAGGACGAUGGAAACUUUUCAACUGCUUGUAUAGUGAAAGGUCUUAGAGGGCUACGCCUAUACCCAUAGAAUCUGGAGUUACAACAUGUAACUAACGUUCCAUACUGCACUCACAUCAAUCAGGGAUGGUGCGUUGUUUCAAGAAUCUUUCAAAUCUUUUUUUUUUUUAAAGUAGAAAUCUCAAACGUCUUUGCUUAUUCAGGAUAUCAUCUAACUCUGUGGUAAUAUAUCAGACUACUGUUUGUGUCAUUGCCACGCAAACAGCUGUGCAUAUGCUUUAUAAAAAGUAAUGAUUAUGCAUCACUUAACGGGAUUAUUUAUCACUAUCCAUUAAUGUUGGAAAGACACUCAGUGUGCAAUAAAUGAUUAUACAAAAUGAAGCGUGAACUUGGUCAUAAUGUGUAUUGGAAUAUCAGUGCAUUGGUAGGUUUUCUAUUGAAUCUUCAUUUUUCUAAUACACAUGCACUGUGAUUACAUUUGUGUCGCCAUUAUUCUAGUAUUUUCUGUCUCGUGUAGCUACAACUGCAUUCUUGACAUACAGUCAGAUAGUUCUGCUGUAAAUUAAAAAUAAAAAAUACAGAAAUCUC